CCUCUCUUUCACUCAGUUUUCCAGGAGGACCAGUUCCUGUCAGACUCCUCUCACACACACCUAAGCACGGACAUCUGCAGCACCGACCUACAGCCAUGGUUUUACGGGACACUGCCCCUCUGCUCGUGGGACUUGUGCUUUUCUUUCACACUUUGGGAGUGUGGUCCACUGUGGAGGUGAACAUGGAGGACAAAGUGGAGCUGUUCGCUGGAGAAACGGCUCAGAUCACCUGCAUGUUUACAACCGAUGAGGGCCCUGGUGGCACGACCAUUCAGUGGUUCUAUGUGUCACGUUCUGGUGAGAAACAGAGAAUCUACAACAAGGAACCGAUGCAAGAGGCUGCGGAAACAAGCACACCGUUCAAAGACAGGAUCAGCUUGAAUGUCAACGGGACCACUGCGGUGCUGAUUAUCAGAAAAGUGGGAGUGAAGGACGAGGUGGAAUUUAUCUGUGUCAUCAGAACUCUCACAGAUGGGACUGGGGAGGGACGCACCAAGCUGAAAGUGUUUGUACCACCAGACCUUCCUUCCAUCGACGGUGUGCCAACAGGGAUCUCAGACAAUGAAGAGAAUCCAUCUAAGAUUGGAUCUUGUGAGGUCAAAAAUGGAUACCCCAGGCCGAAUAUCACUUGGUACAGAAACACUACGCCACUUCGCAACGCUCCAGGACAGUUGGACAUGUUGACCACUGUCACUAGUGAAUCGAGUGGUCUCUUCUCAGUCAAGAGUGAGCUCAAAAUGAUAGUAAAGAAGGAGGACAAAGAUGCUAAGUUCUACUGUGAAGUCGUCUACUUUGUUCCUGGAGCAACCAGGAUGACCGAGAGCCCCCAUAUUAACAUCACUGUAUACUAUCUUCCAACUGCAGUAGAUAUUUGGGUUGAGUCACCAAAGGGCAAAAUCAAGGAAGGGGACACACUCGAGCUUCGCUGCGAAGACAAUGGGAACUAUCCAUCCUCAGUCAUCACAAUUAAGCACAGUGACGAUGUCCCCAUCGAGAACACCAUAAUGAAGCGGAGUAAUGUGACACGUUCAGACAGUGGAGUUUAUGAAUGCAUCUUUGAAGACAUAUAUAACUUUAAGGAGAUCUCAGGGAGUACUAACGUGUUCGUUAAUUACCUUGAUCCAGCUGUUAUAACACCUAAAGACAGCACUGUUGUGAUGGAAGGAGAAGAGCUGAAGGCUAGCUGCAAUGCCCUGUCUUCUCUUCAGACAGCCACAACCUGGGUUAAGAAUGAAGAGGUGGUGUCAAAGAACAACAUUUUGGUCAUAAAGAAUGCUACAUUUGAUAUGGCUGGGAUGUAUAUGUGUGUCGUGACUGUUCCGGAGAUUGAGGGUAUGGAAACCAGUGGCACACUUCGUGUAAAUGUUAAGGGCCCACCAAAGAUUGUGGGGCCAGACUUCCAGGAAGUGGAGACUUAUGAGACAACUGUUAACCUGAGUUGCAGUUUCAGAGGCUUUCCUGUUCCCACAAUUAUCUGGACAACUGCUGAUGGAAAGAUCUUAAAAGCACCUCAAACGGUGACUGAAGAUGGCGCUCAGAGUGUGGUCACUGUCAACGUCGUCUCCAGUGUCACUGCUUUCUGCAAUGCCAGCAAUGACCUUGGCACUAAAGUGGCAGUCUUUAACAUCAAAGCCAUUAUAAACACCACAUUAACAACAACCAUCACUAUCACACCAUCAACCAACACUACCUUUUUAAAUGACACAGUUACACACACCACACCAACAAACCCCACCACCUUUUUCACUGACACAGUUACACACAUCACAUCAACAACCAAAACUACCCUUUCCAAUGACACAGUCAAAACACCUACCAAAUCACCGAAUAUCAAGAAAGAGAGCAAAGGUUUUGUUAUCGCUGUCAUCAUCAUCUGCAUCCUGCUUCUGGCUGUUCUGGGCAGCGUACUCUAUUUCCUCUACAAGAAGGGCAGGAUUUGUGGCCGAUCUGGCAAGCAAGACCUCACUAAAGGGAAGUCCAGCAAAGACAACAUUGUGGUGGAGAUGAAGAGUGACAACACAGAGGAGGCGGUUCUCCUCGGGGUCAACGGCGAAAAACAACCACCCAAUGACCAAUAAAGGACGGCGAGCCCCUGCACAUGCAGAAGUGAGGAGGUCACACACCUACAGCUGCUCCCGUUCUCAGGCUCAGGCCCCACUGCUGCCUUCAAGCAUCCACAGCUUCCUAUUCCAGUCGUGUCAUGACAACAAGGACAAAUGAAGUUAUUCCAAACUGCAGCUUGUUUGCUUCCCUUUCUGUCCUUUACAUGCCAGCGCAUUUCUGUUGGAAUGCAUCUCGAGCUUUAAUAAAGAAGAUCUGAAAGCUUCAUUUCAGAGCUAUGAAAUCUGCCUUCAAUACCCCUUAGAUUUUGCAUCUCUUUACAGCAAGCCUUGUCUACUGCUGGUAGUCUGUAGAAAAACGAUUAGAGCACAAAGCUGACCAGGGACUAUUUUUAUACUCAAUUAAGCAUCACCUCAGGCAAAACAAUCACUGUAGAGCAGCCUGAAACAGCUCAGCUAAUGUACAUAUUAUCAUCUAUGUAUAUAUUUCUUUAUUUAAAGUAACACAGUGGGGAUAAAAACAAAAGGAAACAAAAAAAAUAAUAAGACUAGAUCGUGUUUUUUGUUUGCUCGGGUGUACUUUAAGAGAGAGUUUAGUUAGAUAUUUUGUUUUUAUCGUUUUGUCUUUACACUGAAUUUUACUUGCAGCUCUAGCGAUGCCUCACCGCUACAGCCAGUUCACAGCCUCACCAAAUAUUUGCUCUGAAAACAAACUUGAAGGUCUGUUUUUUUUUUUUUUUAAAUCACAUAUCCUUUGUGUUUUAUAUUUACUCCUAACACUCGGCUUUCCUUUCUCCAGGUUGUGUACAUUACAUACACAACCUGGAGAGUGUAAAGUAUAUGAACCAAAGUCAUUUUGUGAGACAGGUGAACAAAUCCAUUGAGGAUCUGACUGAAGUUUUUAUUUUUGUUUUUUUUUUCUCUUCCUUCAAGCAUUUCAAGCAGUCCAGUUCUAAAUGACAGAUGUCUUAGAAACUCCAUUCAAAGCCAUGUAGAAACGCCAUAUUUUGUACUGUUUUAUUUAAUGUUCAGUGCACUGAUUAUUAUUAUUUUUUUUUAUGGUGGUUAUUCAUGCAGCUUUGUUGUUGUGAAACAGCUGUUUGUCUUUUGUUUCUAUGUUCAUGCGACAGUUCUGUAGUUAUUUUCUUUGAAAAUUUAAAGACCCAUGGUGAAUAUAUAUAUAUGGUUCAUGGCAUGAUGUUUCCCUCUUUAUAUGGAAAAGACACAUUUCUGUGUAAUGAAUGAAUAAAUUCAUGUAUCGACUGAAACUUGAAAACUGUCGGGUCCCAGAGAGACAGAAUCAGAAUCCCCCUCAGAGUCGAUGCCUUAAAUUUACAACCACUCCUCCUCUUUCUUCUCCAUGUUGGUAACUGGAGUAUUUCACUGUUGAGAGGGGACUGACUGUGACUCCACAUAUGCAAAUCAUGAAGACAAUCAAGCUUCUGUUGGUCUGUUUUGUUUCUGCUGUUGAUCUGAGUGACCACUGUUCAAUGUAAAAUGCCUUUUUAAAAGACUGAAGAAUAAAAUAGGUUAUAAUGUCGCUGAGGAUAUCAUAACCUAUUUACCAACAAAUUCAUUGUAGUUUCUACCAAAUAAAAGAUUGACUGUUAAAUGAA